AUGAGACUGGGCAGUCUACCUGGUUGUGGGACAACUGAUGGUCAGUAUCUGCACAACUCUACAGUGUCCCUUUCCAGAAUACAAGUUCAACAUGAACAUCUUUCAGCUCUGUGUGACUUUAAUAACUUAUCCCUUCAUUAUACAGGUUUCUGGAGGAGGUCAAUGGUGUUACAACUCUCAAAACCCAAUGUGUGGUCCUGAUCACUGGAAAGACAUUAGCCAUAAUUGUGGAGGUGACCAUCAAUCUCCUAUCAAUAUUGAAAAGGCAAAAGUAAAGAGAGACAACCACCUAGAUGACAUUACAUUCCAGGGAUAUGAUCAUGCUCCACCGGGCCAGUGGAAACUGAUGAAUGAUGGACAUUCGGUUUUGCUAAGUCUCUCCGGAGACAUUUAUAUCAGUGGAACAGGACUACCAAAUAAAUACAAAGCAUUACAAUUCCACUUCCACUGGGGAAGUCCUAACAAGGAUGGGUCAGAGCAUACAGUAGAUGGGAAGCAGUUCCCUAUUGAGUUGCAUAUUGUUCACAUGAAUACUAAAUUUAGCAGCAUCACAGAAGCCAAGAAGGAUCCCGAGGGCCUGGCAGUAUUAGGCAUUCUAAUCACAGUAGGAGAAGCUGAGAAUCCCAGUUAUAGUACAUUGGUGGCAGCUAUGAAGAAUGUGUCUUUAGAAGGAGACUUUAUUGAGAUUCCAUCGUUUGCACUGGAAAGCAUCCUUCCACCCCAGAAUAAGUUGUCCCGGUACUAUCGAUACCAAGGCUCCCUCACAACUCCUGACUGCUCAGAGGCCGUCAUUUGGACAGUCUUUGAGCAUCCAAUUUCCAUAAGUCAAACCCAGCUUCGAAUCCUGACAGACACAGCCUAUUUCACUGCUCAGGGAGAGGCUCUGCUAAAAAUAAAAGAUAAUUUCCGACCACCUCAGCCACUUAAGGGUCGCAAAGUAUCAGCUUCUAAGGAUGCCACUGUCAGCUCCUCAGCUGCCCUCCGGACCUCAGUGUUAACCCUGACUCUGUUAUACUUGAAUCUGAUUUUUAUUGAAAAAGUUUAUGUAUAAAUGAAGUUACGGAGAAAAAUAACCCCAACAAAGACACAACCUAAUGACUCCCCCCUAACCCCUAGACACGAAUCUUGUUCAGAAGAAAAGAAGAGGUGCAUCACCCCAGGUAUAUAAUCACAAUCAAGUCUACAAUAUGACAAGGAGUCCCCUAACCAGGAUUCAGAUCCUAACAGGCAAGUACUAUACAGAAAUCCCUGAAACAACAUUUAUAGACAGGAGAAUCAAUUCACCUAAACCUAGGGACACCUUCUCCUAUGGGCAUCUGCAAGAAUAGAAAAGGUUUCCAAAGAUGAUCAUAGGAUUUGUUGAGUGUAUCAACCCUGGGGCCCCAAAUAGAUUCCAAUACAGAAUAUUCCCCAGGAUUUUGUAUAUCCCUUUCUCUAGCAUGAUGAAUGUACAUAUGAGCCCAACAAUGGCGGGAGGUGAAGGCUGGAUCCAAAAUUUGUCAAUUAGCUUCCGAGCCUGGUAUAGAAUUUUACCAAUGUCAAUCUUACCCCAUCUAAAUCAUCCCCCAUUUCUGGCAGAACCAGUAAAUAGACCCUGGGAUCAGUAGGGACAGCAAUCUAAUACAUCCUCCUGGUCAGCUGUAAAAUAUGUCUCCAAAAUCACUCUACAACAGGGCACGACCACAUCAUGUAAACAAUAUGGGCACUGGCAAUCAGAAAAAAUACAUACGAUGUAGAAAACGUAGUGUUCAUUAUACACGGAGAAGUAGACAUAAAUGGGAAAGCCUAUAUGGCUCAGAUACUGCCAAAACAGGAGUCGUCUCUGGAAUCUCAGACCGCUGUACCUUGGACAAGGGACUAAAUCUUGUUCCAAUUUCUCCUUAAAGGGGUACUCCGCGGGAAAACAUUUUUUUUUUAAAUCAACUGAUGCCAGAAAGUUAAACAGAUUUGUAAAUUACUUCUAUUCAAAAAUCUAAAUCCUUCCAAUACUUAUCAUCUGCUGUAUACUCUAGAGGAAGUUCUUUUCUUUUUGAAUUUCUUUUCUGUCUGACCACAGUGCUCUCUGCUUACACCUCUGUCCAUUUUAGCAACUGUCCAGAGCAGGAGAGGUUUGCUAUGGGGAUUUGCCCCUACUCUGGACAGUUCCUAAAAUGGACAGAGGUGUCAGCAGAGAGCACUGUGGUCAGGCAGAAAAGAAAUUCAAAAAGAACUUCCAGUGGAGCAUACAGUAGCUGAGGAGUACUGGAAGGAUUAAAGGGGUAUUCCAGGCAAAAACUUUUUUUUAUAUAUCAACUGGCUCCGGAAAGUUAAACAGAUUUGUAAAUUACUUCUAUUAAAAAAUCUUAAUCCUUCCAAUAGUUAUUAGCUUCUGAAGUUGAGUUGCUGUUUUCUGUCUAAUUGCUUUCUGAUGACUCACGUCCCGGGAGCUGUCCAGCUCCUAUGGGGAUAUUCUCCCAUCAUGCAAGGGAUAUUCUCCCAUCAUGCACAGCUCCUGUGGCGUGACAUCAUCAUUGAGCAGUUAGACAGAAAACUUCAGAAGCUAAUAACUAUUGGA